UGUGGGGCCAUUUCCGGCGUCCUGAAGGUGCUUGGGCUCUGCGCGGUGAGUUUCUCGCUUCGGAGGAAGUAAUCAGCGCCGGGUUAGAACCCGCAGCGAGCGUAGGGGUGACCCCCCCCCGGAGGCGCCCGAGUUAGGUCUGUGCUCCAAGAAAUGCUGGUGUCUCAUGAUUCUUCUUUCCCCCCUGCCGCUGCCGGGUUUCUAAGAAGGACCCUGAGGAGGAAGGAAGAAUUGUUGUAUUAUUUUGAAAUUAAGGUUAAGCUCUGGCUUUUCUGGAUUCUCUGCUUCACCAAUAGAGGAACCCCAUGGAUUAUUAACUAGUUCUUGCAAUUCUAGAACCAUGACUGAUGGCUUGGUGACUUUCAGGGAUGUGGCCAUCGACUUCUCUCAGGAGGAGUGGGAGUGCCUGGACCCUGCUCAGAGGGACUUGUACGUGGAUGUGAUGUUGGAGAACUAUAGUAACUUGGUCUCAUUGGAUUUGGAGUCAACAUAUGAGACCAAAAAUACAAAUUCAGAAAAAGACAUUUUUGAAAUAAAUUUUUCCCAAUGGGAGGUGAAGGAAAGAAGUAAAACUCUUGGCCUUGAGGCAUCCAUUUUCAAAAAUAACUCUAAGUGCAAAAGCAGAUUUGAGGGACUACAGGAACAUCAAGAGGGAUACUUUGGUCAAAUGAUAAUUAGCUAUGGAAAAAUGCCCACUUACAGAAAAAUUAAAUCUUUUAGUGCACAUCAAAGAAUUCAUAAUAGAGAGAAACGUUAUGUUUGUAAGGAAUGUGGGAAGGCUUGUAGUCAUGGCUCAAAACUUGUUCAACAUGAGAGAACUCAUACGGCUGAAAAACAUUUUGAAUGUAAAGAAUGUGGGAAAGACUUUUUUAGUGCCUAUCAACUCACUGUGCAUCAGAGAUUUCAUACUGGUGAGAAACCCUAUGAAUGUAAGGAAUGUGGGAAGACCUUUAGUUGGGGAUCUAGUCUUGUUAAACAUGAAAGAAUCCAUACUGGCGAGAAACCCUAUGAAUGUAAAGAAUGUGGGAAGGCCUUCAGUCGUGGCUAUCACCUCACUCAACAUCAGAAAAUUCAUAUUGGUGUGAAAUCAUACAAAUGUAAGGAAUGUGGGAAGGCCUUUUUUUGGGGUUCAAGCCUUGCUAAACAUGAGAUAAUUCAUACAGGUGAGAAGCCUUAUAAAUGUAAAGAAUGUGGGAAGGCCUUCAGUCGUGGCUAUCAACUCACUCAGCAUCAGAAGAUCCAUACUGGUAAGAAGCCUUAUGAAUGUAAAGUAUGUGGAAAGGCUUUUUGUUGGGGCUAUCAACUUACUCGACAUCAGAUAUUUCAUACUGGCAAGAAACCUUAUGAAUGUAAGGAAUGUGGAAAGACCUUUAAUUGUGGCUCAAGUCUUGUUCAACAUGAGAGAAUCCAUACUGGUGAGAAACCUUACGAAUGUAAAGAAUGUGGGAAGGCCUUCAGUCGUGGCUAUCACCUCACUCAACAUCAGAAAAUCCAUACUGGUGAGAAACCUUUUGAAUGUAAAGAAUGUGGGAAGGCCUUUAGUUGGGGUUCAAGCCUUGUUAAACAUGAGAGAGUCCAUAGUGGUGAGAAAUCUUAUGAAUGUAAAGAAUGUGGGAAGGCCUUUGGUAGUGGCUAUCAACUUACUCGACAUCAGAUAUUUCAUACUGGAGAGAAACCCUAUGAAUGUAAGGAAUGUGGGAAGACCUUUAAUUGUGGCUCAAGUCUUGUUCAACAUGAGAGAAUCCAUACUGGUGAGAAACCCUACGAAUGUAAAGAAUGUGGGAAGGCCUUCAGUCGUGGCUAUCACCUCUCUCAACAUCAGAAAAUCCAUACUGGUGAGAAACCUUUUAAAUGUAAAGAAUGUGGGAAGGCCUUUAGUUGGGGUUCAAGCCUUGUUAAACAUGAGAGAAUCCAUACUGAUGGGAAAUCUUAUGAACGUAAAGAAUGUGGGAAGGCCUUUGGUAGUGGCUAUCAACUUAGUGUUCAUCAGAGAUUUCACACUGGUAAAAACCCUUAUUGUACGGAAUUUGGGAAGACCUUUGUUAAUGGCUCAGACCUUGUUCAACACAAGAGAACUCAUAGUAAUGAUAAACCUUAUGAAUAUAAAGGUUGCGAGGAAGCCUUUAUAUGGACAACUUACUCAAAUGAGACAGUUGAUACUGGUGAUACUUUAUGAUUGAAGAGAUAUAAAAGAACAUUUUUUUACAUGUACGGACAACUUGUCAUGAGGUGAAUCUUAAUCUUGAGAAAGCUAUGAAUGUAGGGAAUGUGCAAAAGCCUUACCUGUGUGUGGACAAUUUACUUGAUAUUAGAAAAUUCAUACUAGUGAGAAACACUUUGAAUAUAAGGAAUAUGAAAAAGCCUUUAUAAUUUUAUAUAAUCUUAUUGAAUAUUGGUUUAUACUGACGUGAAACCAUUUAAAUAUAAGUAAUGUGUGAAGAUCUUUAUUCAUGGCGCAGAAGUCUGGUAAACAUUGGGGAAUUUAUACUUGCUAGAAACACUUUAAGGAAUAUAGGAAGAACCUAAACCCAAUUCAGUUUUCGCUGUGCACAUUAGAGAACUCAUACUGCUGUGAAACUGAAUGUAAGGAAUGUGGGAAGGCUCACAGAUGUGAUAAAUAUCUUAGGGUACAUCAUAGAAUGCAUCCAAAUGAGUAGCCCUUUAAACUGGGAUAUAGGGCGCCUGGGUGGCUCACUGUUUGAGUGUCUUCCUUUGGCUCAGGUCGUGAUCCCAGGGUCCUGGGAUUGAGUCCUGCAUCAGGCUCCCUGCAGGGAGCCUGCUUCUUCCUCUGCCUAUGUCUCUGCCUCUCUCUGUGCCUCUGAUGAAUGAAUACAUAAAAUCUUAAAAAAAAAAAACCUGAGAUGUAGGAAGGCCUUUAUAUAAAUACUACUAAAACUAUUGUUUAGGGACUAGUGCCAGUCCACAAAAUUGUUAACAGUCCAUCAUGAGAUGGAUGUGAAAAAUAAGAGUAUAUGUUGGAAACUUACAGCAAUUUCAUAUUGUCAUAACAUUAUUACUGUAUUUUGUAAAAGUACCAAUUCACUCAUGAAUGAUUUGAAGUUAAAAAGUUUACCCUUUCCCAGAAAUAAUUUGAGAGACAACAAUCACGAUUUUAAAAACAUGGGACAAGUCACAAUAUAAUUUAUUUAGAAUAAGAAAUACUUCAUUUGUUACUUUUCUGAUUAGAAUAGCAGAAUAUUCACACUAUAGGAAGAUUUGACUAACAUGAGUUACAACUUUGUUAUGUCUGUAAAAGCAUAAUUUAUAACAAAUGUGUUCAUUUUUGGAGGUAUAGAAGCCUUCCAACACUAUUCAAUUUUUGUUAAACUUAAGCAAAUUUAUUCUAGAGAAUAACCUUAUCAAGGUAUCAAAUACAGGGAAUCUCUCUUAUAUGGCACAAACCGUACUUACUAUCCUCACCAUUUCCACCUCUUUACUACUCAUGGGAUGUUGGGGAAAAUGCUUAUCUCCUCUGGGCAUCUUCUUUAAAAUGUUGGUGAUGGUAACUGUUGCAGAGAUUGCAUGGAUUUAGUAUGCAUCAGAUCCUUGGAAGAGUAUCUCAAAUGUAGCCUAUAGUCAAUACAUGUUUGCUGCUGUUCUUAUUAUUCUCAGCCUUAGUAUUACUACUAGUAAAUUCUUAUGAAGAGAAUGCUCUUUGGUGUAAUGAAUUGGGAAAAGCUUCCAUAACCACUCAUCCAUUUCUCAUUGGUGUAAUGAAUUUAGGAAAGCUUCUAUAACCAUUCAUCCAUUUGAAUUUAGGUAGUUCAUUAUGGGUAAAAUAUAGAAAACAAAAAAACUUGAGAGGAUUUUUUUGAGAGGAUUUUAAUUCAAAGUUUAUACUUUAAGCUGCAUAAAAAAAAAUGAAGGCUGAAAAGAAAUGUGGAUUUAGUAAGUGGUAAGAUGUUGGGAAUACACCUAUUGAAAAACUAGGUAAAGGUGUGAAGCAAUUUGCCUGUAAUGAAUUCAAGCAGAGAAGUAGCUAGUGAUUAAAAUUCUCUGCUCACAUUUUGAGAUAAAUUACAAAUUGAAAAGAAACAAAAAGUUGUCCAGUUGGAAUUCUUUCCCCAAAUUUUAUUAUGACAAAUUUCAGACUCAGAAAUUUAAAGAACAGUGUAAUAAACAUUCAUAUACUCUAUUAACAUUUGGUCAUACUUGCUUUCUCUCUGAAACUGUAUGUAUGAUGUGUAUGUACACCCACAUACUUUCAUCUUAUGAUGUAGAAGUGAUACUUCAUUCUUGAAUAUAUUAGCAUGCAUCUUUUAAGAAUUAGAACAGCCUUAAGUACCAUGAUCUCACAAGAAAAUUAUCUGUAAUUCUGUAAUAUUCUUUCACAUUCACUUCCUAUGUCCCAGUACUCCCAAGGUAUCCUAUGCUAUUUAUUUUCUAGCCAGCAUUUUUCUAUAUUCAUGCAUUGCAUUGGUUAUCAUGUCUCUAGAUUUUAAUCUUGAAAAGACUUAACUCUUAAGGAAAGCUGUUUUAUAGAAUGCCAUGCAUUCUAGAUUUGUUUCUUCCCUCAAGGUGAGAUUUAAUUUGUAUGUCUAUCCUUUGUAUCUAUCAUAAAGGCAAGUUAGAGUCAGAAGCUUAAACAUUUUUGGCCAGAAUACACUAUAGUUGGUGAUACACAUUUCAUAUUGCAACACACCAAGAACACAUAAUACCCAGUUUUCUUGCUAUUGCUAAAUUUGGUCAUUUGAUUAAGACAGUGACUGCUAGAGCUCUCCAUUAGCUAGUUAAGGUUGAUGAACCUUUCAACUAUUUUUGAGAAUGUAGUCCUAUCAUAUGUAUAAGUUCUGAAUUAAAGAGAAAACUGAAAUGAUUAUAGAUUGUUCAAAAAAAGAAUGAUAAUUAAAUUGUGUAUCAGAGGUUGUAGAAUGUGCCUGAAGCUCUAUUGAGUGGAAAAUACCUUUUAAUGUGUUUGGAGGAAACCAAGAUACAUCUGGUCAGAUGGAGGACCAGAACUAUGCCUUGUUCCCCCAGUAUCCUACAUGGUCCCUGUCAUACCAAAGUAAGAAGCUAGAAAAAUGACAAACCCUAAAUCAAUACACAGAAGCAACUUAUACAACUAAAAUUGUCCCAGAACUUCUGAAAUUAUGUCUUGAAAGUUACCAGUACUGAAUAGUGCUUGAGAAACAGUGGGAUUUUCUGGUUAAAGAAGCUUAUGAAGCAGAACCUACAAAAUCCCCUCUCAAGGAAAAUCAAAAGCACCUUGUCAACUUAUCAGAAAAAUAAAGAAUGUUCUAGCGAAUAAAAUUGUUUAACUUUGUGGUACCAGUGUAUCUCAAACUUUAUCAUGGAAAUACUGAUUUCCAAAAAAAAAAAAAAAAAAAAAAAAAAA